ACGACAAAGAUGGAACGACGCAGUAGCGUCGGAAAAGUACAUAAUCUCACCGGCAGUUGGCGCUCGCAGACGAUUAUUGUUUUCGAGAUUCUUUUGCGAGCCACGGACUGAGGUGGAUGUCUGUACUCUGUGGCCGAGUAUUCCAUCAGCACGUUUUGGUAUUGCAUCAUUCGAUUAACAGUUUUCUGCUUAGGAUUAGUAUCCAUUUAGUCAUCAAGUAUUGGUAUUCAUUUAUCAAGAUUUAGUACUCACUCAUCUAAGAUAGAAAGACUGGCCAAGUGUACCCCUGUACAGGGGACCGGGGCCACCCAAAGGAAAAAGAAGAAGAAGAAGAUUAUUGUUUUCAAAUCUAAUUGACUGGCUGGUCGGCACGUAACCUAAAAGUCGAAAAGUGAAGUCCAAUUAAUUGUUACAAUGUUACCUCUCACUUUGCUGAAAACGGCGCAAAACCACCCCAUGCUGGUGGAGCUGAAGAAUGGGGAAACGUACAACGGUCACUUAGUCAGCUGCGAUAACUGGAUGAACAUAAACCUCAGAGAGGUUAUAUGUACCUCAAGGGAUGGCGACAAGUUCUGGAGGAUGCCAGAGUGCUAUAUAAGAGGUAGCACGAUAAAGUACCUGCGGAUCCCUGACGAAGUGAUAGACAUGGUGAAGGAAGACAUACAGAUGAAGUCGAGGGGUCGCGGCGAGAUGAAGGGUCGAGGCCAGAAUCAGAGGGGACGCGGCGGUGGUAGAGGUACCUUUGGCAGAGGAGGACGAGGUUCUGCACCAUUAGGCCGCGGAGGUAGCACGCAAGUUGGCAAUAAAUCACAAAAUAAACCAAGACCUAAAUGAAACCAUUAAACCAUAUAGUAUUUUUUUUUUAUUCUACUUCAAUUUACACGACUCUGCGCAAAUACCUUGAAAAUAUCAAGCUUGUUUCGCGCAGAUUUGUGAUUAUCCAAUUCCUUAUUAUUUAAUGUAAUCUUGUAUAUGUAAAGUUAAUAUCACGUUUGAUUUAUACGAAACUACGGAGACACAUUAAUGCCCGUGUGACAUUGUACUUAAUUCUACGUAUACGUUUACAUUAACGUCGACUAUAAUUCUUUUUACUAGCAAUACAUUUUUAAUUGGUAUUCUAGCGGAUCCAGAUUUUUUUUUUUUUUAAUUACGCGUCAAUCUCCAGAUCGUAUUGUGAAAGAUUGUUAAACAAACACAUGUUUUUUCACAACUUUAUAUAAAUUGUACAAUUUUAUUCCUUAGAUUUUGACCUUUGAAGUGACAAAAAGUUCAAUUACGUUAAGACAAGAUAUAUUAAAGUUGUGUCGGAUACACAUACACAUUGGAUCCGCGGAAUACUAGUUAAGAAAAUUUCGAUUAAGCGAAUAUCGAUUAGGAUUAAGAAUAUGGAAACAAUUUUUCUUUCAACUUUUUGUCGCAAAUUGCAGUAGUUAUAUGUAGAAGAAUCAAUAUAAUCGUUGAAUUAUAAGGAGCUAUUCAAACAAAAAAAAUGUGAUAUCCAUAAUUCUGUAUAAUUUUGUACGAUUAAUUUGGAAAAAAUAAUAUAAUUCUAUACACAAGAAUAUAAUACGUAA